AUGAAAUCUCAAGAGAGUGAGUCUUCUUCUCCAACAGAUAAGUUACCUCAAGCUCAAGAAAAUGUUAUAAAUUUGGGUGGUUCAAGUAGUACUAGUGUGCCAUUAGAGGAUAAAGAACUGAUUUAUGAUGUUGAGCUUCUUCCUCAUGACCCGGGAAAAAGAAUUAGCAUAAUGGAUUAUCCUCCAAAUGAACGAGAUGCGGUUAGGAGAGCAUAUAUUAUAAAAAAACCUUGCCAACCAAAAACUCAUGAUUUUCCUCGCAAAGACCUUGGAGGUUUGCGUCGAUUUAGUGUUUCUUGGUUUGAAAAAUGGGAUUGGCUUGAAUAUAGUAUUGAGAAAGAUGCCACAUUUUGUUUUGUUUGCUAUUUGUUCAAGAAUGAAGUUGGGCUUAAUGCUAGGGGAGAUGCAUUUGUUAAUGGAGGAUUUAAGUCAUGGAAUAAACCGGAAAGAUUUCUGAAACAUGUUGGUGGUGUUAAAAGUGCUCACAAUCUUGCUUAUGAGAAAUAUGCAAACUUAAGAGAUGGGAAGAAAAAAUCAAUUCUUAUUUCUUUUGAAAAUGCCACUGAUGUGAUUCAAAGAGAAUAUGAAAUUCGCUUGAAAGCUUCAAUUUCUUGUUUGCGUUUUCUAUUGGGACAAGGGAUGACAUUUCGUGGGCAUAGAAAAAAUGAAGAAUCCCUUAAUAGGGGAAAUUUUCUUGAACUUUUGAAAUGGUUGAACACACAUAAUGAAGUCAUCUCAAAGGUCACUUUUGAAAAUGCUCCCGGCAAUUGUCAAUUGAUAUCUCCAAUUAUUCAAAAAGAUAUUAUCAAUUGUUGUGCUAAAGAAACAACCAAGCGAAUUGUGGAGGAGCUAGGUGAUGGCUACUUUGCUAUAUUGGCCGAUGAGUCUAGUGAUGUGUCCCAAAAGGAACAACUAGCUCUUUGUUUGCGUUAUGUUGAAGGAAAAAUGGGAAAUGUGGUGGAACGAUUUCUCGGACUUGUUCAUGUUGGUGAUACCACGGCUUUGUCUCUUAGAAGUGCAAUUAUGUCCCUACUUGUUGAACAUUCAUUGAGUCCAUCCAAGAUUCGAGGGCAAGGAUAUGAUGGGGCUAGUAACAUGAAAGGUGAGAUAAAUGGCCUCAAGACUUUGAUUAGGGGAGAUACUCCAAGUGCUUACUAUGUCCAUUGCUUUGCUCAUCAACUUCAACUAACUCUUGUAGCCAUUGCCAAAAAAAACAAUGAGUGUGUUUGGCUUUUUGAUACGUUUGCGAUCUUGUUGAAUGUGAUUGGUGUUUCUUGUAAGAGAAGAGAAAUGAUUCGAGAAUUUCAAGCACAAAAAGUUGCUCAAGCUUUGGAAAUUGUUCUUGUGAUGAUUGGGAAGAAUGGCUCUAACUCGGAUGAUAAGGUAAAAGCUCAAGGCAUUUUGUACUCACUAGAGUCAUUUAAUUUUGUGUUUUUGGCACAUCUAAUGACUACUAUAUUUGGGUACACUAAUGAUUUGUGUCUUGCUUUGCAAAGAAGAGAUCAAGAUAUUGUUAGUUCUAUGAGACUUGUCACUUUGACCAAAGUGACAUUACAGAAAAUGAGAGACAAUGGCUGGGAGACUGAUCACUUGAAUAAGGUAAUCUCAUUUUGCAAAAAUAAUGAGAUUGUUGUUCCGGAUAUGGAGGCUUGUUAUAUCCCUCAAGGAAGAUCAAAGCGGUUUGCUCAACAAGUUUCAUAUCUUCAUCAUUUUCGGGUUGAUGUGUUUAUAGAGGUAAUUGAUUUACUACUUCAAGAACUUGACGACCGAUUUGAUGAGGUCAAUAUGGAGUUGCUCAUAUGCAUGGCUUCAUUAAAUCCUAAAGAUGGCUUCUCAUCUUAUGACAAGGAAAAGGUACUCAAACUUGCAACUUUUUAUCCCUCUGAAUUUUCAAGCAUUGAUUUGUCAACUCUUGAAUGUCAACUUGAUAUAUUCAUGGAAGAUAUGAGGAGAGAUGACGAGUUUAAAAAUUUGGAGGAUAUUAGUUCUCUUUCUAUGAAGUUUGUUGAAACAAAGAGACAUAUGACUUAUCCUCUAGUGUUUUUGCUAAUUAAGUUGGUGUUGAUUCUUCCGGUUGCCACUGCAAGUGCGGAGAUAGUGUUUUCUGGAAUGACUUAUGUCAAGAAUAAGUUGCGAAAUAGCAUGGGGGAUCAAGUAUUAAAUGAUUGUUUGGUCACUUUCAUUGAGAAAGAUAUGUUUCUACAAGUUUCCGAUGAUGAGGUCGUCAAACGCUUUGAAGAAAUGAAGACUCGUCGGAAGAUAAACUAG